CUGUGCAGGUGAGAUAAUAAGCUCAGGAACGCAACCGUCGCCUCCUGGGGGCCUGGACGAAUUUUGGUGUCUGGGGAGGCUGGGGCAAACGCUGAACCUAGAGCUGGGGGCCGGGAUCGGAAAUAAUUCUUCGGCGUUUUCUGGUUUACGAGGCACAGCAGCUACACGGAAAAGAUGGGAGAGGAGGCCAGUGAUGACAAGAAGCCAACAACUAAAUUUGAACUAGAGCGAGAAACAGAACUUCGCUUUGAGGUGGAGGCGUCUCAGUCAGUUCAGUUGGAGCUGCUGGCUGGCAUGGCUGAAAUCUUUGGCACGGAGCUGACCCGAAACAAGAAAUUCACCUUUGAUGCUGGUGCCAAGGUGGCUGUUUUCACUUGGCAUGGCUGUUCUGUACAGCUGAGUGGCCGCACCGAGGUGGCUUAUGUCUCCAAGGACACUCCUAUGUUGCUUUACCUCAACACUCAUACAGCCUUGGAGCAGAUGCGGAGACAGGCAGAGAAGGAAGAAGAACGAGGUCCCCGGGUGAUGGUAGUGGGCCCCACUGAUGUGGGCAAGUCCACGGUGUGCCGUCUACUGCUCAACUACGCUGUGCGUUUGGGCCGCCGGCCCACUUACGUGGAGCUGGAUGUGGGUCAGGGCUCUGUGUCCAUCCCUGGUACCAUGGGAGCCCUCUACAUUGAGCGGCCAGCAGAUGUUGAAGAGGGCUUCUCUAUCCAGGCCCCUCUGGUGUAUCAUUUUGGCUCCACUACUCCUGGCACCAACAUCAAGCUUUAUAAUAAGAUUACAUCUCGUUUAGCAGAUGUGUUCAACCAAAGGUGUGAAGUGAAUCGAAGGGCCUCUGUGAGUGGCUGUGUCAUUAACACCUGUGGCUGGGUCAAGGGCUCAGGUUACCAGGCCCUGGUGCAUGCAGCCUCAGCCUUUGAGGUGGAUGUGGUGGUGGUUCUGGAUCAAGAACGACUGUACAAUGAACUGAAGCGGGACCUGCCUCACUUUGUACGCACUGUGCUGCUCCCUAAAUCAGGGGGUGUGGUUGAGCGCUCCAAAGACUUCCGGCGGGAAUGUAGGGAUGAGCGUAUCCGGGAAUAUUUCUAUGGAUUCCGGGGCUGUUUCUAUCCCCACGCCUUCAAUGUCAAAUUUUCAGAUGUGAAAAUCUACAAAGUUGGGGCACCCACCAUCCCAGACUCCUGUUUGCCCUUGGGCAUGUCUCAGGAGGACAAUCAGCUCAAGCUAGUACCUGUCACCCCUGGCCGAGAUAUGGUGCACCACCUCCUGAGUGUUAGCACUGCUGAGGGCACAGAGGAGAACCUUUCUGAGACCAGUGUGGCUGGCUUCAUCGUGGUGACCAGUGUGGACCUAGAGCAUCAAGUGUUUACUGUUCUCUCUCCGGCCCCCCGCCCACUGCCUAAGAACUUCCUUCUCAUCAUGGAUAUCAGGUUCAUGGAUCUUAAAUAGAGAUCAGCAGGAAGCCUUGCUGCCUGGGGCAUAGAGAUCUUCUGGCCAUCACCAAAGGCAGAUGGACUGAGUGAGGUGUGAGAAUCUAUUGAGGCCACGCUGACCAGGAAAUGGUGGACUAGUAGAAAGCAUAUAGUCUACCUCUUAAAACAGGUGGUGGCCUCCUAACUCUUCUAAUCUUGAACCACAAGGAAAACCGUGAGAAUAUAAUUGAUUUCUUAGAUCACCUAAGGUGCCACUUUUAACUUUCUGAGGCCCUGGAGAAUCCCAUUUCUUUCACUGUGCUACUGGGUGGGCUAAUUUUUAGGAGGGAUUUUUUUUUUUUUAUCACUGCUUUGUAUUCUGUAUAUAGUACUUGUUACUUCAUUUAUCUGGGAUGAAAGAGUGAAUUAGAAGGAUUCCUUCCAAUAAAAUUCAAACUUGGGAAAAAAAUUUAUUUUAAUAAAUAUUUUUGCUACAUCA